AUGGUCAAUGAGAAAUAUAGAAUUGUUCUCACAAAACUUGUUGGAGGUCCUGUUUUAAAACAAUUUAAAAGGGAACAAGGAGCAGAUUAUAAUGAGAUGAUGAGAGAUUUUGAGCGUAAGAAGAAGACAUAUAAAUUAAACAGUGCAGAAACUGUUAAUACUAGAUUUCCUGUUUCACUAAAAGAUAUUAUAGCCGAUUCUGUAGAUAGUUCGAUUGAGAGUAUAAUAAACGAAUCGACUUUUAAAGGUGAAAUAAGCACAAAACGUGAUAAAAUGUAUAUAAAACCCAAUUUGUUUCUAACAUUUUUCAAGGAAUCAUGUAAUCUGACAGUCGAAGAAAUCAGAUCUGUUCUCAACCAUCCACGUUGCGAAGACGUCUCCGCUAUAAUGAUGGUUGGUGGGUUCUCAGAGUCUGAAGUUUUACAAGAUGCUGUCAAAAAAGCAUUUCCAAAAUUAGACGUUUUUGUUCCGGUAGAUGGAGGUCUUUCUGUUCUUAAAGGUACUGUCAUUUAUGGACAUAAUCCAAACAUCGUUGCUUCGCGAGUAUGUAACUAUACAUACGGUGUUAGUUUAAGUGUUCCGUUCAAAACAGGGGUUCAUCCUGAAAGCAAAAGAUAUACUUGGGAUAAAGAAGACUGGUGCCGGCAUGUAUUUCAUGUAUGUUUUACGGCCGAUGAGGAUGUUAAGAUAGGGGAUAUUAGACAAAUUGAACUGAACGACACGUUUGUUACCGCAGAUUCUCAAUGUAGACGAACACACCCGCUCAGAGCAGAAAUAUAUAUUUCUGAUAAGCAAGAUCCAAAGUAUGUUACAGAUGAUGGCUGCCAAAAACAUGCCGUUAUUCACGUGAAACCACCCGGGGGACAGUGGCCUGAACAGGUCUUUGGGUGGGUAGAACUAAAAGUAGCGGGAACUGAAAUGAUUGGAACCUAUGUAAAUGCCACAACAAAAGAACGGACUUCAACUAAGUUUGAAUUUCUACCUUCAGGUUACAAAUUCACCAAAGGAGAAAAGAAAAGAUUGUUUGAUCCCGCGGCCUCCGAAUGA